AGGAAGGAUUGUGAAUCUGUAAGCAAUUUAAGUCGAUAGUUUUGACACACACAAGGGGAUUGUUUGGUGAUAUUACGUCAUCAAAAAGAAUCUUUUUGUUGAUAAACUAAUGAAGAGGAGGACAAUGGCAAUUUCCACUACGCAAUCUCUCCUCUGUGUUCGAUCGAUCUAUCUCACGGUACGUUCCCCGUCCCCGAUUUCUUUGGUUUGGUUUGGUUGAUUAGAUCAUCCAUCUUCUUCAUAGUCCGAUCUUAGCUUAGUUUAGGCGUCCCUCUUCUGCCUUAAGAUUAAGAAAAAUGUAUACUUGAUUGACUGGAGUUAGGGUUAGGGACAAGAUCAUUCAUGGAGUUGCAGUAUAAUAAUGAGCACGGAAGAAACGACCAAAUAGUUUCUCAGUUCCUCUUGAAAACUUUGCAUAUUGUGUUGGAGUCUAGGGUUCCUUCUCUUCGCCCCCCGCCUUCUCCUCCUCGAUCGUCAUCUUUUGUUAAAAAGAGUGACAAAUGGUUCAAUCUAGCUUUGGGUGAUCGUCCAACCGCUUUCACCUUUGCCCACAGGGACCCCAUGAUCAUUGACAUUAUCCUAGUUCAAGAGAUGGGCCAGAACCAGUCUGGAUAUGGGGCAUUGGUCGAGACAGUUAUCGAGAGGUGGGCUGUUCAAUACGAGUAUUCGAGGGCCUCUCAGUCUCAGUCCAGUGAAUCUUAUAAGAAAACAUAUAAGAAGUCUAUCAUUCUCUUGCGCUCUCUAUACAGCAUGAUGAGGCUUCUUCCAGCCUACAGGGCUUACCGAACUAAGGCUAAGGGCAAGCCUUGCGAUUUUGAUAUAACUUACAAGGUGUCUUCCUUUAGUGUCCCCUUUACAAGGUCAGAGGAACAAGUGAUGAAGCUUUAUACUUUCUUUCCUGUUGAAGCCCAGCAUGGACACCUUUCCGUAUCUGUCAAAUAUCGCGAAAGUCUCUCUGAUUUCAACUUGGAAACUUCAGCAACAUUUCCACCUGAGAUCAUUACAGAUUAUGUUGGUAGCCCUGCCACUGAUCCAUUUAGAGCUUUCCCUCCUGUUCCACAACGCCCGCAUAGCUGGACAAGUGGAGGCCCAUUCACCAAGAACCAAUCCCCUCCUGCAUAUCAUUCAUCCAGUGGCCGUUUUGAUUUAUCUUAUUCGCCUUCGCCUUCUUAUGAUGUUUACAGCCAAAGGACUCGACAGCAAAGUCACCACAGCUUUGAUGAUUCACCACCGUUCUCUCCAUCUCCACCAAUGUACCUUUCCAGUGGGGGGAAUUACAUUCAAUCUCGGCUGCGCUCAGAGACUGCACCCGUCAGUAUUCCUAAUCCCCUGUUCACCAGACAUCUUUCUCCUAAUUUAUCUGAUCCUAAUCGACAUUCUCUUCCACCCUUAUCACCUAGAAGCACACGUUAUGAGCCGUCAUCUCAUGAAUCUUCUCCCGCAAUUAGGUCCCUUAAAAAGUCUGAGAUGGCAAGGGUUGGGGAUCUGAGUUCUGCUUCUGGUUCCGGGUCAGCAAAUCAUUAUUCUUCUAGUCACAAGGUAUCAAGGGAUAACAAAGAUGAUUCAGGGAGGUUUUCUGGUUUGCUAUCAUCAAGUGGUUCUCCUCGUAUUGGAUUCUCCAGAAGCUCAAGUAGAUUGUCUCUCCAGGAUGAGUUGGAUGAUAUUGACUUCUCGUGCCCAUUUAUUGUUGACGAUGUUGAUACAUGUGAUUUUCCUGUCAGUGAUGUUGCAUUUGACAGUCAGAGUGGUGCUGGUGGGAAACAAGGUAAAAAAUCACAAGAUGCUGCAGUAGGUGCCCUUGUUCGUAUGUUGAGAACGGCACCGCCCCUUAGACAAGAUUCUAGUUGCUGCAGUGAUCAUGUUGAGGCCCAAUCCAACGCUUCUGGAUUAUUUAUGUCCCGAAAGACAUCUGAUGCUUUGGAGGAGCUCAAGGCUUACACUGGCAUCAAACAUCUUAUUCUCUCAAAAAGUAAAGAUACCUUGUAAAAGUUCUAACCUUUUAUGUCUGGCAUAGCUUAUCUUCCAUAAUUCUACAUGUCAUAUAUGGGUCGUGAUUUACACACAAAUUUGUCAUAUGUACAUAGAAAAUACUUUCAAAAUGAUCUUAGUUUUAUGUUUUUACUUGUGUAGACAUAAGAGCAUAAUUUGUGAUGGGUACGCUUGUUUGUUUUGUCUGUAGAUUUGAAAAAUAUAUGUUUACUCA